AUCAUUACAAGAAUACCGGUUUGUAAUCUCACUUGUAAUUUUUUCGGUAUAAUUACUACAAAUACUUCAACGCGUUAUUAUUUAUAUAUUAAAUUUAUGAUCAUAAAAGUAUUGCCGCGUAUCAAAAUGGAGACCAAUCAUUUUGAUACUAUUGACGAAAGUGCAAAUGAGAAUGUAAUAGGAGCCGAGACUGUUGAUGUAGUUUUGGAAGAAGCUGAAAUAGUGGAUUGUGAUGCUGAUGAACAACAGGAUGAUGACAUUCAAUAUCACCUGUAUGCAAUAAAUAGACGUAAUAAUACAGUAGCAUACAAAGUUAUGCAGGUCAGCAACGAUAAUAGAGAGGAUAACGAAAUUUCGAUAGCUACUCCUGUGAAUAAUACUGUCCAAGUUUUGACUGCACCAUUAAAUGGACAAUUAUACGUACUCAGUAAUAGCAAUGACAUUGUAACAACAGAAUCCACUAAAGCAGUUGUACCUAGUGUAGCUAAACUGCAUAUAGAAGGAACACAGAAUAUUAUAACCACUGUAAAGAAGAGGGAUGAAAGACGAAGGGUAACACAUAACGAAGUUGAAAGACGUAGAAGGGAUAAAAUUAGCAGUUGGAUUUCUAAGUUAGCAAAACUCUUAGCAGAUUGUGAGCAGUACAUGGAUGAAGAAGAUACAAAACCGAAUUUAGAAACACUAAGCAAAGGAGGUAUUCUAGCACGAGCUUAUGAAUAUAUUAUGGAAUUAAAAGAUGCUCCGGACAAAUUAACCCUUAGCUUGAAUGAAAAUGUGCUGUUAAUGGAAGAAAUUGACCAACUGCAGCAAGUCGUAACUGAAUUAAGAGACGAAAAUUCACAAUUGAAAAACCAAGUUUCAAAACACGAAGAUAUAACUAUACUCGAUAAUGUCACAGUGGCAAAUAUUUACUGCGAGGUUUGAUCGGUGGCCUGUUCUGCUGUCUGCUGGCGGCAAGCCU